CGGCCCUCAAGAACCAAAUAUAUAAUUGAAAAGUUAAAAUCAGAUAAAUUGUACGACAAAUGUCUGAAAUUGGAUACAAGAUAUGCCACCGAAGAUGAAUUAAGUUUAGUUCACAGCAAAGAAUACAUUGAAAUCAUAAAAUCAACUGAAAAAUUAUCGGAGAAGGAGUUGAGAAAGUUAUCGAAUACAUACGAUUCCGUGUAUUUGACUCGAGAGACAUACAGUGCGGCUAAACUGGCCGUCGGUAAUGUCCUUCAAGUGGUCGAUUCGGUUCUCACAGACCAAUGCCUCAAUGGCUUUGCAUGCGUUAGACCUCCCGGUCAUCACUCCAGCCGCACGAAAGCGUCGGGAUUUUGUUGCUUUAAUAAUGUCUCGAUUGCUGCCAAAUAUGCGAUCAACAAAUAUAAUAAGAAACGAAUUCUUAUACUCGAUUGGGACGUACAUCACGGCGACGUCAACAUUCCGUGGAAUGGCGGGCCUAUGACUGACUCCGAGUAUAUGUUGGCCUUCUUUAAUGUGAUUCUUCCGAUUGCCUACGAUUUCAAUCCCGAUCUGGUGUUCAUUAGCGCCGGAUUUGAUGCCGCAUUGAAUGACCCGUUGGGCGAAUACCAACUGUCACCGCAAGUGUACGGACACAUGACUCACAUGUUGUCUCGUUUAGCUAAUGGCAAACUAAUCAUGUGCUUAGAAGGUGGAUACAAUUUGAUAUCCAAUGGAUUGUGUGCUUCUGAAUGUGUUUCUGUACUUUUGGGCAAAUGUCCGGAAUCUCUGCCAUUGAAACAAUAUAACGGAUCUGCGAUCGAAACACUCAAAUGCGUGAUUGGCUUUCAAUCAACGAAUUGGCCAAACCUUAAGUUUGACUUUGAUUUACCCGAAAGUCUUAUUUGAGUCCAAUUUUCUAAGUUUUAGAAUAUAAGAGAUUUUUAAACACAAUAUUUUACAAACUUUUUUAUAAGCUCUUUAUUUUUAUAAACAUUUAGCAAA